GUUGUUAGUCACAAUUCGAAACGAAUUCAUUUCAAGUGGCGUGAAAUUUUAGCUUCGUGCCAAAAAAAAAUUAAAAGUUGAAGUGAAAAAAAAAAAGAAAAUCAAUCAAAAAAUUAAAUCCGUGUUAAUUGAUUAAAAGAAAGGCAUUUAAAAUGAUGAACAUGAAUAUGAUGAAUGAUCCAUCACUAGCUGGAAUGAUUCCAUUCGAUCCAAUGCAAUUCUAUGAACCACCAAAGCCAAGAUAUAUUUUUAAAAUGCCACGAGUCGUUCCGAAUCAAAAAGAGAAAUUUGAAACUGAUGAUUUAUUCAAAAGGCUUCAUCGAGAUGGAGAAGUUCGCUUUACUGGAUUCCGUGAUAGACCACAAGAAGAAAGACAGUUAAGAUUUCAAACUGGAUGCCGUGAAGGCCACACAGAGAUCUCUUUUGUAGCUUCAGGCACAAAUGUUCAAUUAAUAUUCAAUCCUGGAUUUCAUCAUCAUCAUCAUCCUGCAUAUAUUAUGGAACGAGAAUGUGAUUUUGAUAAAGAAAUAGGAAAAGUUCAUAUUAAGUCACAUUUUAUCAUGAAUGGUGUCUGUGUUCGAUUCCGUGGAUGGCUUGAUUUAGAGCGAUUGGAUGGAAUUGGUCGAUUAGAAUAUGAUGAGAGACGUGGAGCUCAUGAAGAUGUGAUUCUUAAAGAACAACUUGAACGUUAUAGUCAACGAUUAAAAGAUUUUGAAGACACAAAACGAGGAAUUUAUCCACGAACAGAAGAUAUUAAACGUGAUGGACAGAAUCAACAAAUGAAUGGAUGGAGACGUUAAGCAUAAAAGAUUCAUUUAUAAUUUAAGGAAUUAAAAGAAAUUGUGCAAUUUUAAAGGAUAUCCAAUUUUGUGAGACAUUUUCAAUCAACUUUUUAUGUUAGAUUUUUUGCCAAAAAAUAAAGGAUUAAGAAUUUCAAGAAAAAAGUCUUUUCAGUCGGAACAUUUCAAAGGA